UUUUUGAAACACAGAAAGUCUAUCAACACAAUUACCAAAACAAAAGACAUAAUAUAAAAAAUGGCAACAACAUAUAUCAACAAAUUGCUGCAACGAGUGGAAUUAUCGCAAAACCAAGAGGAUAAGAAGCAUUUCAUCUACAUGCGAAGCAAAUGGUUGGAAAGCGAACAAGAAGUUGAAUUUCUUAUAUUGCUAACAAAAAACAAUCAAAACUACAAGGGUAAACUAAAAUACUGCGAAAUACGCAGCGCAGCCGAUGAAUUAGACCGGCCCUACGAAGAAUUUUUAGCCGAGUGUAAAGAGGCCUUGACCACAAAUAUGGGUAAAAGUGGAUUCGAUUAUGAAGUGGACAAUGAGGCAUUCAAGUUAUUUAAAUGUGAGGGCUAUGAAACACUGUACUUGGACAUACAGCUAGACAAGCUAAGCACCCCGAAUCAACUGAUGGAUGCUGCUGUUGAAAUUAUAGCUAUUGGUGGUUACAAAGUUUCUUGUCCCACUAAUUCUGUACCAGAGGCAGUUACCGUACAAUCCAGCGAAAUAUUAAAGGAAUACAAGAACUCUAUAGAGGAAUACAAAUUACGGGAACAAAAAUUGUUGAAGAAAUGCAUUAUGCUAAUAAACGACAAGAAGGCCCGCAUUGAAGAACUGGAAGAAACACUGAAGACAUGUCGGUGCGUUGACAUGGAUGUGGCAAGAGACCCUUCUGAAGAAAGUGAGGCAGUUAAUGCUGAUGAUGACGACUACGAAGGUCCAACGCAAGCAAUGACAGAAAUUCAAACAACGACUAGGGCUCGUACCCAGCGAAUUUUGGAUGACACCAUAGAAAAUUCGGAUUAGGAUCAGCAAUUCAUCAACUUCUGUAUACUUAAGCUCCAUUUGAUUUACAAUUGGGCAAUGUUAUAAGUACUUCUGAACAACAAAAUGAAUUCGUUGCUUGUAUAUAUAGGUGCUUGUAUAUAUAUAUAUUUUUUA